AUGGCGGCCUCUUUCAGUUUUGAGAGCCCACGGCAUGCAAUGGGCCUCUCAACGCUGAUAUCUUGCAUGCUUGAGCAGCCCACUAGUGCAUAUAUCCGCAACCCAACAAACUUGGCUCUAACGGAAAGAGGCUUUCUGCUACAAAUCCCAUCGAUCAUGGCGAAGAAGAUAGUGUCAUACGUCCAUGCUCAUGGGUCAGCAACCCAUUGCAACGAUGCAAACGGCGUCAACAGGGGCAUAUACCAUUAUGACCUCGGUUUUCAUAACGAAGUCCGAAUCCGUACCUGGCUGGAUCGCCCAUCGGAGAGGUCCGCACUCGAUAAGCAGUCAAUGACGGCCCCAGUAAUGCUGAUUGUCUAA